GGAGAGCGGACUGUAGCUUCUGCCGGCCCACAGACCGAGGCAGCUUUACUGGGAGGGGACACGGAUCAAGACGAGUCUACCCCCCCCCCCCCCCCGUCUGAAAACUUAGGUAGCUCAGCGAAAGGAACAAACAAGUCAACUUACGAGCUACGUUUCUCAAAUUCUGGUGCUAGGGGGUGAUGCUGGGGGUGGCAGGAAUGACGGGCAGCAUUGCUAAUGCCCUGGCCAAUGCGGCCUGUGAGAGAUGUAAGAGCGGCUUUGCUCCAACUGAGAAGAUUGUCAAUAGUAACGGAGAGCUGUAUCAUGAGCUGUGCUUUGUGUGUGCCCAGUGUUUCCAGCAGUUUCCAGAGGGACUCUUCUAUGAGUUUGAGGGCAGGAAAUACUGUGAACAUGACUUUCAGAUGCUCUUUGCCCCUUGCUGUCAUCAGUGUGGGGAGUUCAUCAUCGGUCGCGUCAUUAAGGCCAUGAACAAUAGUUGGCACCCUGACUGCUUCUGCUGUGACAUUUGCCAGGCUGUGCUUGCAGAUGUGGGGUUUGUCAAAAACGCUGGCAGGCACCUGUGUCGCCCGUGCCAUAACCGAGAGAAGGCUCGUGGCCUGGGCAAGUACAUCUGCCAGAAGUGCCAUGCCAUCAUUGAAGAGCAGCCACUGAUCUUUAAGAAUGACCCCUAUCACCCAGACCACUUCAACUGCAACAAUUGUGGGAAGGAACUGACGGCUGAAGCCAGGGAACUGAAGGGAGAGCUUUUCUGUUUGCCCUGCCACGACAAGAUGGGUGUGCCUAUUUGUGGUGCUUGUAGGAGACCAAUCGAGGGCCGUGUUGUCAAUGCCAUGGGCAAGCAGUGGCACGUGGAGCAUUUUGUGUGUGCCAAGUGUGAGAAGCCUUUCCUUGGUCAUCGGCAUUAUGAGAGGAAGGGGUUGGCUUACUGUGAGACUCAUUAUAACCAGCUCUUUGGCGACGUGUGCUACCACUGCAACCGUGUGAUUGAGGGCGAUGUGGUAUCUGCUCUCAACAAGGCCUGGUGUGUCAGUUGUUUCUCCUGCUCCACCUGCAACACAAAACUCACUCUCAAGAACAAGUUUGUUGAGUUUGACAUGAAGCCUGUUUGUAAAAAAUGUUACGAGAAGUUUCCUCUGGAGCUGAAGAAAAGGCUCAAGAAGCUGGCUGAGUCUUUAGCACGCAAGUAAGCUGCUGCAGGCCAAACAGCCUGAGAGUAUUCCUGCUAUGUAUGUGAUGGUAAAACCUCUGGGAGAACUGCUGUAUUACAUCUUAUGGGCCUUGCAUUAUACCAGUAGAUCAUUAAUCUGUGAUCCAUGUGAAAUCAUAUUACUGUGGUCAUGUCACAAAGGUGCCUGUUAGCAGAUGUUUCUUUUCCUGCUGUCCUGCUGUUCUUUUUAUAUGCAAAUGUUUUUCUUUCUUUUUUUUUUUUUUUUUUUUUUUUUUUUACACACAUUCCUAAAUUGGUUCCUCAAAUUUGUUCUCUCCUAACCAGGAUAUAUGUCUCAGUUUUAUUGAUUUACAAUGAGCAUCUGAAAUUACUAAGUGCUAUAUCUAAAACUUUCUUGAAUUUGAACUUGUGCCUUGACUGUACGAACAAUGUGUCUUAAAAUGCAAAUAGUGGUUAAAAUCUUAACUGUUUAAUACAGUUAUGUGUUAGUAUCUUAUGUGAAAUGUAUUGUCCUUAAUUAGACAAGAAUUUUACCUUUCAUUUUUGAGCUUUCAUACCUCCAAAUGACUAAUAACACAAUAACCACUGUGUUCUUUAAGAUACUGUAAUGUCUGUUCUUGCUGAUAUAAGAAAAAAUAAAUAACGUGUCAAGAAAAACUCGUAAUGAGCUACAACUGGGAGAAAGGCUCAUCCAAAAGCCAUAGUGUUACAGAAUAAACUAGAUAUGGUGCUUAUA